AAAAGGAAAAUCGAACUCACCGUUUUAAGCUUUCUAAACCCAAAACCCCUCGUUUCCGUCUCGUCGUACGCGCCACGCUUCGAUUUCAGCUGUUCUUCUGGCUUCCUCCCUCCUCCGCUCCCGUCCUCGCAUCGCCGGCGAGCUCACAGGCAGACGGUAUCAAUGGCUUACAGACGCAGCCUUUGCACAAGAGCAAAUAUUAUAGCUCGGCAGUGUCAUCCAUCGAUUAGUAUUUUUGGUCAUACUAAUGACCGUAAAAAUCAGCAUGUGGAUGGGGAUUCGAUUUCCCAGGAAAAAAUCAAUAAUUUCCUGCAGAGGAGGUCAUUUGGAACUAGCUUUAAUGUAUCAUCCAGGUCUAAUUUAUUUCCUCAUGGUAGAAGAUAUCCAAACGCUCUCCUCCCGUCAAGUGCUGGUUCCUUUUUCUGCCGCUACAUGUCAAGUACUAUUGGUGAAGGGUCUGAAAAGAUUGAAUUCAUGAGUGAUGUUGCAGAAGUUCUCACAGAUACAACAGUUCAAUCGGCAGUAUCUCAGGCUGCUGUAGCUAAUGAAGUAGCCAUUGCUGCUGCUGAUUCUUUUCUUCCUGUCAAGGGUUUGCAGUACUUUAUAGAUGGUAUUCAUUCUUUUACUGGAUUAAAUUGGUGGGCGUGCAUUGUAUUAACAACCCUGCUGAUUCGUGGUGCAACAUUCCCACUUUUGAUAAAUCAACUCAAAUCUACUGCAAAGCUUACUUUGUUAAGGCCUCACUUGGAGGAAGUUAAGAAUGAGAUGCAAGAAAAGGGUAUGGAUCCCAGGGCUGUUGCUGAAGGUCAACAAAAAAUGAAAAAACUUUUUCAUGAGUUUGGUGUGAGCCCAUUUACCCCAUUGAAAGGGCUUUUUAUUCAGGGUCCCGUUUUCAUCAGUUUUUUUCUUGCGAUAACUAACAUGGCAGAAAAAGUGCCUUCAUUUAAAAACGGUGGAGCAUACUGGUUUGUUGAUCUUACGACUCCGGAUACAAUGUAUAUUUUUCCAGUUUUAACAGCACUCACAUUCUGGAUCACCGUGGAGUUCAAUAUGCAAGAAGGUAUGGAAGGAAAUCCUAUGGCUGGUACAAUGAAAAAUGUGAUGAGGGGUCUUGCUAUUGCUACGGUCCCCUUGACCUCAAGUUUUCCAAAGGCAAUAUUCUGUUACUGGGUUACAUCUAACCUAUUCUCACUUGCCUAUGGAGCAGUUCUCAAAGUUCCUGGGGUAAAGAAGGCCUUGGGUGUUCCAGAAAUACCAGUGGCGGAUAAGAAUACCGCCCCACAACCUGCCUUCUCAUUUCUUACAGCUCUGAAACAAGCAACAGCAGCACCCAAAGAACCUACCACCACCUCACUAACUGCUGAACCAUCACGGUCACCAUCGCCAUUGCAAGACCGAAAAGUUUCAUCAUCGUCAGUUAUCAGCCAGAGGCUUAGAAGUUUGGAAAAAGAAGUGAAGGGAAGGAAAAAGAUGAAGAACAAGAAAAAGUGAGGGCUAUAUUUAUUUCAGGUAUUGGGACAUCAAUUACAUUUAUUUGUCUGUGCUGCUUGGUAGACUGUAGUAUUAAUGGCUAGUCAGUUGAGUUAGUGAUAACUGAUAAUUUUCCUCCUAAUGAUAGUUUUAAUACCCCAGGAAGAGACAGAGAGAGCCCAGCCAAACGAAAAUAAAUUCUUUGCUUGUGGAGUUUCUACAAGUUCAAUCUAA